CUUUUCUCGCUAAGACCAUUACUGUUGUACAAUUAUUACCUCAUCCGCGCUUGAAUGGUUCUCAUCAUCAUCAUCAUCAUCGUUGCGGUUGUUGCUAUUUUGGAUUUUUGGAUGGGGGUUUGGGGUAGAGUUGGUAGCAAAGGUGUGGUACCUACGGAGUUGGACUCUGGAUUUUGGGUGAUACCGUACGGUGCAAAAAUGGAUCAUGAUGGAUGUGUUAAUUGGAGAAGGGGGAAAGGGGUGCUGGCUGUGGUUGUGGUACUCGUUGCCCAUGGACCAUGCCGGACAAGAGGGUUCUCUUCAGUCAUUCUAGAGGCUUAUCGAUAAGAUAUACUAGUACUUGUAUACUCGCUUGCACAUUCUAAAUGUCGCAUGUAGAUGGAGGUUGAUUCGAAUCGAACACACCGAGAUAGGAG